AUAGUCACGGAGGGAUCGGGCGAUUCUAAUGAUUCAGCACCGUAACUAGAACUCGUGGACGCUGCUUCGUUCCCCCGUCCCUUUCUCCCCCCGUCAACGCGCCGCCCCCUCCGCCACUCCUUCCUCCGACGACAAACAUAUCACGCCAUUCGUUGGAAAGGGUCGAAUCGCGAAGAAAUAAAUAAAUUUGCACUGCGAUGACGAAAUGGGGGUAGAUCUGUAAUAGUGGUAGGUGGUGGUAGGUUUCCGCCCUAUUCCCCCCUCCUCAUCCCUGACCCUGAGUGGGGUGCCCCUUCCGUCGCCGUCGCCGUCGCCGUCGUCGUCGUCGUCGCAGGGGAGAUGGCGCUCUUCCGGCGGGGCUCGGGCCUCGUCGUCUUCUUCUUGCUCUACCUCGUGGUGUCGGCGCAGUGCCUCCCGGAUCAUCAGCAGCAGCGCAGGGGGUUGAGGCGGAAGCGGAAGCACGAGAUCCGGGGGCCCAUCAAGACGGUGGUGGUGGUGGUGAUGGAGAACCGCUCCUUCGACCACGUGCUCGGCUGGCUCAGCAAGUCGGGGCGCCCCGACAUCGACGGGCUCAGCGGGCGCGAGUCCAACCGCCUCAACGCGUCGGACCCCUCCUCCCCAGAGAUCUUCGUGUCGGACGACGCCGUGUUCGUGGACUCGGACCCGGGCCACUCCUUCCAGGCCAUCCGCGAGCAGAUCUUCGGGUCCGCCGACACCUCCGCCGACCCGGCCCCCAUGAGCGGCUUCGCGCAGCAGGCCGAGAGCAUGGGCGAGGGCAUGGCCCGCACCGUCAUGUCCGGCUUCAGCCCCGACUCCGUCCCCAUCUACACCGCCCUCGCCGACCAGUUCGCCGUGUUCGACCGCUGGUUCGCCUCCGUGCCCACCUCCACCCAGCCCAACCGCUUCUACGUCCACUCCGCCACCUCCCACGGCUGCUCCUCCAACGUCCGCAAGGACCUCAUCCACGGCUUCCCCCAGAAGACCAUCUUCGACUCCCUCGACGAGAACGGCCUCAGCUUCGGCGUCUACUACCAGAACAUCCCCGCCACCCUCUUCUUCAAGAGCCUCCGCAAGCUCAAGAACGUCGUCAGGUUCCACAACUACAAGCUCACCUUCAAGCUCCACGCCAAAUGGGGCAAGCUCCCCAACUACGUCGUCAUCGAGCAGCGCUACAUGGACCUCGAGCUCUUCCCGGCCAACGACGACCACCCGUCCCACGACGUCGCCCGCGGCCAGAAGCUGAUCAAGGAGAUCUACGAGACCCUCAGAGCGAGCCCCCAGUGGAACGAGACUGCCCUUAUCAUCACCUACGACGAGCACGGCGGUUUCUACGACCAUGUGCCCACGCCGGUGGCCGGUGUGCCCAACCCCGACGGCAUCAUCGGCCCCGACCCCUUCUACUUCAAGUUUGACAGGUUGGGAGUCCGAGUGCCUACCAUCCUCGUCUCCCCAUGGAUUGAAAAGGGAACUGUGAUCCAUGAACCUAGUGGACCGACUCCCUAUUCACAUUACGAACAUUCAUCUAUCCCAGCAACAGUAAAGAAACUGUUCAAUUUGAACUCCAACUUUCUGACAAAGAGGGAUGCUUGGGCUGGGACUUUUGAGAAGUACUUUUCAGUCCGAAAGGAGCCUCGAACUGACUGUCCUGAAAAACUCCCAGAAGUUGUGAAAUCGCUGAGGCCAUAUGGACCAAAGGAAGACUCGACUCUCUCAGAAUUUCAGGUGGAGCUGAUUCAACUCGCUUCGCAGCUGAAUGGUGAUCAUGUGCUCAACACCUAUCCAGACAUUGGCAAGGGCAUGACUGUCGUUGAAGCCAAUCGAUAUGCCGAGGAUGCUGUCGCGAGGUUCUUGGAAGCUGGCAGGACUGCACUAAGGGCUGGAGCCAACGAAUCUGCCUUGGUCACUAUGCGGCCCGCGCUUACUAGCAGAAACAAUGCCAGGCUGUCUUCCAGCCACCAAAGCAGUUAAGACAUUCAUACAUCUAAAAAAGGACGUUUGGAUCUGUACAUACAUACCAAUUUAUAUUAUACCUAUUUGGCGUCUCAUUAUCUCUACUUGUAACUCAUGAGUAGCUUGACAUACAUAUAUUGGCUUAGCCUAUGUUGAGCGCGAUACUGGUAGGCAAUCCUGAACAUGAUGGGAUGUUGCUGACUGUUGCUGUUGUGCUAUUUUAAGUUGUUGGGAUGUAUUUUAGCUUAAAAUGGCUGGUAAUGUGGCUGUGACUAUUACACUUCUUAAUUCUUACUAGGACUUAUAUUCUAUUA